AGAGCCGAAGAUGUCAGCUCAGUCAUGUGAUCAGCUGUGUCCAAUCACAGCAAUCACAUCUGUCACGCUGACAGCUCGAGAGGAGAGCCAGUAAUCGGCUUUCCGUGGAGGGGACAUGUACACUGAUCAUCAGGGCACUGAUGAUCAGUGUGGCCCCAGAAGUGCCACCUGUCAGUGCUCAGCAGUGCCACAUGCCAGUGCCCAUCAGUGCAUACCAGUGCACAUCAAUGCCACAUAUCAGUGCCCAUCUGAGCUGCCUUUCAAUGUCACCCAUCAAUGCCAAUCAGUGCCGCCAGUCAGUGCCUCCUAUCAGUGCAGCCUAUCAGUGCCCAUCACUGCAGCCUCAUUAACGCACAUCAUGUGUCCUGAUUGUCUGUAUAGCCCCAGCAGCGCCACCUGUCAGUGUCCAUCAGUGCCAGCUGUCAGUGCUCAU